CCUGGGGAGAGAGGGGUGCGGACAAAACGCUGCAGCUCUCCCAGCCCCGGGGCUUGACCUGAAAGGGCUGAGAGUGCUCGCCGGGGAUUGGAGCCCAGUUCUGCGUUACACUGUGGGUAGAGUCAGAGGUCUAGAACCGUGAUGGCGGUCUGAAGCAUCCUGAGGCCGCCCUGCCGGAACCCAAAUUACUGAUGGAAAGAAUGAGAAGAGGCAGGUUUACAGAUCAAAAGGACAAGUGCAGGCAAGGAGGGAAACCCUGGUGUUACUAGGGCUUUGGGAGGAAGGUCAGAGGUCACGAAGUUGUGCCUGCAGCUGUUACCAUAGUAACCGGGGACCGGAUGUGGCGGUCUUAGGGUGCGACAGCCCUCUUUUCAGACCUUAUAGCGCGAGAAUUUGAGGACUCUACACUGGGAAGCCGGUCGUGGAGGUUUUUUCAGCAAGGAGAGAAAGGAAUUUUUUAAGCAUUUACAGUAGCGCAACGAAGGGAAAAUUUGAGAUUGCCGCUGUGCCUUGGCAGAGACCAAGGGAGGCAGCUCACGUGAGAAAGCCGCACAAAGGCUCCCACGCCUUUCCGGAAGCUAAAUGGGGGCGCCUCGGCCUCCACGGCCACCGCCCCCCGGAAGCGGAAACAAUCCCAGCGUGCCCCUUCCUCACCGUCCUCCAAAUCACGCUGCAGCCAUUGCAGCAACCACGAUGCCCAAACGAAAGAAGCAGGAUCAGCAGAAGCAGCCGCUGGACCCUCAAGUACCAAAGCGGGAAGAGAUUGGAAACGAAGACGAUGGGAGUCCUACGGGAUCACCCAGCCUUCUGGGCCCUCCCCCCAUAGCCAAUGGAAAGCCUGGUGACCCCAAGUCAGCUCUUCACAGAGGUCCUCCAGGAUCAAGGGGACUGAUGAUUCCACCACUGCUGACUCUCCCACCUCCUCCCCGGGGCAGAAGCCCAAUUUGGGGAGGCUUUGGCCCCAGGUCUGGCCCAUAUGGUCAUGGUUGGUGGGGGGUCAAUGCUGAGCCUCCUUUUCCCAGACCAGGCCAUAGUAGUUCCUCCAGGGGAGGCUUUCACAAAGAACAGAGACAUCCUCGAAGGCUCAAAAGCUGGUCACUUGUCAAGAAUACCUGCCCUCCCAAUAAUGAACCCCAGGUUAUGGAAGACAAAUCUGACCGCCCUGUUUGCCGACACUUUGCCAAAAAGGGCCACUGUCGUUAUGAGGACCUCUGUGCCUUCUACCACCCAGGCGUCAACGGACCUCCUCUGUGAGACUGCCUUCCCAUCCAAGCUGGAAGGAGCCCUCUGUGACUUAGUGGCCACAUAUUUCCCUGUGGCCCUGUGAUGGCUACUGUGAUGCUGUUCCAUCCACCACCUCCCAGUCAGUGACACCCACCCCUAUCCACCACCUCUCCCAUUUGAGGUCCAGAGUUGUGUUUCAUCACUGGUGUACCAUGUGAUCUUCUGAUCAGCUCCAAGAGACUUGCCUUCAGUAUUCCAUCUUUGCUCCUUUCAACUGCUUCCUGGAUCUCCUCUCCUUCGCCAACUGAAUGCCGAGCAGGAAGUUUAUUUGGUGCUGUUUCUUGUGCAAUUGUCCAUCCAGCCCCCAGUAUUGCCCUCAAUUCCUGAGCCCUGUAGCAGUUUCCUACCAUUCCCUCCUUCUAGCUGCUUGUUUUAAGUCCUUUUUAUGUGGUACCCUUACUCCAAUGUCAGCAACUCCCCAAUGUCUGUGAAACUCCCCAGGUCUGGCCUGGGGUCAAAUUUCAAUGACUGGUACAGAGUCACUCCCUGAAAAACCACUCUCCCUGCAAUUGGAUUUUGUAGCUUCGCCAUCAGUAGCAUGGCCUCCGCUACUGCUGUGGUCUGUCCUCACUGUGCUUUGUGAACUGUGCACCCCCUCAUAGCCUUUCUCAGUGUCCAUGGCAUUUCUGUGGCUUCCCAACACUGCAGUAUUUCUGCCAAAAUGAGUGAGGCUUUUGGUGCCCUCAAGACUUUCCCCACCUCCCAGCAUGGGAGAACUGUGAAACUUUCUAUAAGACUGCCUCCUUGGCCUCAUUAGGUGUCCUCUGAACCCUCUGGUGGGCCUACCCUAUCCCCUCUACAGCCCUUUUAGUUAAACUGCAUCAUUGUGAGGCCAGCAGGCCUUUUUGUUUGAAUUCUGUGAAUCCACCUGGCCUGUCUGGGUGGAACUUAGACAGUACUAUCGUCCUCGGUCCAACCUCUACAUCCCUGGUACUGGUUGUUUUCUGUGAAAACAACAGUGAACAGGCUCAGUCUUGAACUGACCCUGAGGGAAUGGGUCAGGAGUUGUUUGGGCAAGAGGGAGAAGUGAGAGCUGUUGAAGAACUGAAAGUGAAAUUUUUUUUCUUUUUAAGAUAUUUUAUACUAGUAAUAAAUGCAAAGGAAAUGAGCAUUUUCUUUAAUUCCUAUGUUCAGUUGUCUGUGAAGGUGCAGAUGAGGGUAUUCUCAUUGAAGAUUUUUUUAAGCAUCAUUUUUUUCAGAUUUUAUUUUUAGAGAGGGGAAAGGACGGAGAAAGGGAGAGACAUCCAUGCGUGGUUGCCUCUUUGUGCACUCCCUACUAGGGACCUGGCUGGCAACCCAACCAUGUGUCCCUACACUGGGAAUAGAACCAACAAACACUUCUUUUUGCAUGCCGGCAUUCAAUCCAUGAGCCACACCGGCCAGGGCUUGAAGUCAUUUAUUCUUCAUUUAGUUCAUACACAGUGGUGAAAGAGAAAGGCAAAGCUUAAGUUUCUUCCAGGCUGAAGGAACCAGUUGGGGUCCCAUUAACUGGACUAGGCUGCAUUAUGUUAAGGUUAAAAUUUUGUGGGAGAAAGGAACAACCAAAUAGCCGUGGAGUAAUUUUUAAACAUCUUUGUGUGUAGGUUUGAUAUUUAUGGAGUGAUGAUGACAAAGCAAUCUUUCAAUAAAUAUUUGUUGAGCCAGGCACUAUACUAGGCACUAGAGACAACAGCCAAAACCAGUAAGUUGAAAAUCUACAAACGGGAACAUGUUAUUCCAAAAAAUCACAAAUACAUGUGAAGUUAGAGGUCAAUAGUGCUGUAGAGAAGUAAGACAUGAUGAAAGGGGGAGUAUGUGAUAAAGGGAACCUUGGAAGAUGACAACAGGCAAACUGAAGGAUGAGUAGGUAAGAUGGUAGAACACAUACAAUAAAGUUGCAGGAUACAAAAUGUACAAAAAUCCACAGCUUUCCUAUGUACUAACAAGGGGGGGAAAUGAGAAACAAUUCCUUUUGCAACUGAAACCAAGAGAACAAAAUACCUACUAAUAAAGGACAUGAAACACCUAUAUACUGAAAAUUACAAUGUAUUACUAAAAGAUACAAAGAGACAGCAUGGGAAGAUACUCUGUUCAUGGAUUGGAAGAAUCAACAUAGUUAAAAUGACCAUAUUGUUGAAAGCAAUAUACAGAUUUAAUGCAGUCCCCAUCAAAAUACCAAUGGUUUUUUUUUUUUAGAGAAAUAGAACAAAAGAAUCAGAUUUAUAUGGAACUACAAAAAAAAAAAUAGCCAACGCAAUUCUGAAAGAAGCUGGAGGUAUCACAUUACUUGGCUUGAAAUUACGCUACAGAGCUACAAUAAUCAAAACAGCAUGGUAUUGGCAGAAAACUCAUGCACAUAUCCAUGGAGCAGAACUGAGCCCAAAUAUCAAACCACAUGUAUAUGGACAUAAUUUUUGACAAUGGAGUCAGAAACAAUCGGGGUGGGGGGACAGAGGGGCGUCUCUUCAAAAAUGGUGCUGGGAAAAUUGGAAAGACAUGCAAAAGAAAGAAACUAGACUAUUUGUCCCUAUGUACAAAAAUUAAAUCAAAAUGGAUCAAAGACAUGUAAGAUCUGAAACAAUAAAUUACAUAGAAGAAAACAGAUACUAAAUUUAUGGACUUUGGUUGUGGAGAACAUUUUAUGAAUUUGACCUCAAAGGAAAGGAAGUAAAGGCAAAAAUAAAUGAAAUGAACCAUAGUAAACUAAAAGGCUUCUGCACAGCAUAAGAAACCAGCAACAAAACAGGCAACUGACUGAAUGGGAGAUGAGAUUUGCAAACAACAGCUCUGACAAAUUUUUAAUAUCCAAAAUACAUAAAGAGAUGAAUAAAAAUACCACACAAUCUAAUUGAAAAAUGGGCAGAGAACCUGAACAGACACCUCUCCCCAAAAGACACAAAUAGUGAACAUUUACAUGAAAAGAUGUUCAACCUCACUAGCUAUUAGGAAGAUGCAAAUCAAAACUACAAUGAGAUACCACUUCAUACCUGUUAGAAUGGCUUUUAUCAAGACAGGUAAUAACAAAUGUUGGAGAAGUUGUGGAGAAAAGGGAACUCUCAUUCACUGCUGGUGGGAGUGUAGGCUGGUACAGCCACUGUGGAGAAUGGUCUGGCACUUCCUCAAAAAAAUUAAGAAUAGUGUUACCAUAUGACUCAGCAAUCCAUCUCCUAGGUAUCUACCAAAAAAACUCAAAAACAUAUUCACAAAGAUAUAUGCACCCCUAUCAUUAAAGCAUUAUCCGCAGUGGCCAAGACAUGGAGACAACCAAAGUGUCCUUCAACAGAAGAUUCAAUAAAGAUUUGAGAAAGUAGAAGGGAGAA